AUGGGUGAUACGAAUGGACAAGUGGUAGCUGGUGGCAAUGGCCAAGGAAAUCGAUUGGAUCAAUUGAAUUUUCCAACCGAUAUGUUGAUUGACAAAGAGACGGAUAGUCUCAUUAUUUGUGAUUCGUUGAAUCGACGAGUCGUACGAUGGUCUCGUCGUAGUGGUACAACUCAAGGAGAAAUCCUCAUGGACAACAUCGGUUGUCGAGGAUUGGCUACCGAUGAUCAGAGAUAUCUAUACAUCUCUGACACCGACAAACAUGAAGUAAGACGAUAUCAAAUAGGAGACAAGAAUGGAACUCUUGUAGCUGGUGGCAAUGGCAAAGGUACUGAUCUCAAUCAACUCAACUAUCCAAGGUACCUCUUUGUCGAUCGACAACAGGCUGUUUACGUGUCAGACAAUCAUCGUGUAAUGAAAUGGAAUAAAGGUGCAAAAGAAGGAAUUGUCGUAGCUGGAGGUCAAGGCAAUGGAAAUGCACUGACACAAUUGUCGUAUCUUAAUGGGCUGUUCGUCGACACAUUGGGUACCAUCUAUGUGGCAGACUCGGAGAAUCAUCGAGUGAUGCGUUGGCCAAAAGGAGCGAAACAGGGUACUGUCAUUGUGGGUGGAAAUGGUUACGGAGAAGGAGCAAAUCAGUUCAAGUCUCCCAUUGGUGGAUUUAUUACAACAGAAAAGAAUGAAACAAGAUAUAUUCUUCUUUUGAAUAAAAAUUUAUUUAUAUCGACAUCAAGAUCAACAAUUUGUUAUUCAUGUACAAUGUUUUGGAGAAUUUUAUGUUUAAUGAAUAAUGUUGAUAAAUCCAUGUGUACAAUUAAUUUAACUAAUAAUUAA